GUGAGCAGCCCCUCUGGAGGCAGCGUGGACGCUGUAGUCAUCUUGGAGAAGACCCCAUUCCAUGAGGAGAAGCUCUCAGACCUGCUGAAGAAGCACACGAAGCUGGAGCUGCAGAUGCACAACGACAUCUACAGCACCUACCACCUCUACCCUCCCCCAGAGCUGAGUGAGAUUAAAACCACAGUGGUGUACCCAGCCACAGAGAAACACCUCCAGAAGUAUCUCCGACAAGAUGUCCACCUCAUCCAGGAGACCUGGGAGGACUACAGGGACAUAACCCUGCCCUUCCUCCAGUCCCAGAGCUUCAGCCUCCAGUGGGUCUACAACAUCCUGGAGAAGAAAGCUGAGGCUGAUCGGAUCAUCCAUGAAAACCCAGAUCCUGCCAAUGGCUUCAUCCUGGUCCCAGAUCUGAAGUGGGAUCAAAACCAGCUGGAUGACCUCUACCUGAUCGCCCUCGUCCGCCGCCGUGACGUCAAGUCCCUCCGGGACCUCACUGCUGAGCACCUCCAGCUCCUGAGGAACGUCCUGCAGGAAGGGCAG